AUGGCUUUCGAUAAAAGCAUGGUGAUUUUCUUUCUCAUUUUCAUGGCCUUUUGUAGAGGAGUUUCCAUGGCUGCUGUCUACCAAGUCGGGGACUCUGCUGGUUGGACAAGCAGGGGUCAGGUUGACUACCAAGAAUGGGCUGCCAGCAAGAAUUUUCACGUCGGUGAUACUCUUGUUUUCAAUUACAACAGCCAGUUCCACAACGUGAAGCAAGUUACACAACAGGGUUUCGAAUCAUGCAAUGCUACGUCCCCAAUAGCUACUUACACCAAAGGCUACGAUACAAUCACUCUUGAAAAGCUUGGCCACUUUUACUUCAUGUGUGGCUACCCUGGUCACUGUGAAGCAGGACAAAAGAUCGAUAUCCUGGUUUCUUCGCCCACUUCAAGUUUGAGCCCUGCUCCAUCAACUCGGACCUCAGAACCUGGCGCUGCUUCGUCUCUUUAUUUUAGUUAUAAUCUGUAUUGGAAUUUGGGUGUGCUUCUAGCUUUGUGUCUCUCAGGAUUUGCUUAUUAG